CUGCUCCCGGAGAUCAAGGGACAACUGCAACCGUCUGUCUUACCUGCGUACAGCUGCGCAGUGGCCGCGCUGCUGACGGGGAGUGGACCGUGCCCGGGAGUUGAGCCGCGGCCUGAGGACGGCUCGGAGCGGCGAGGAAAGAUGAACUUCUUGCGAGGCGUCAUGGGUGCCCAAAGCACUGGGCCGCAGCCCUCCGGAGCCGAGACGAUACAGAAAUUAUGUGACAGAGUAGCAUCAUCAACAUUACUUGAAGAUCGCAGGGAUGCUGUACGUGCCCUUAAAUCUCUUUCAAAGAAAUACCGCCUGGAAGUAGGGAUUCAAGCUAUGCCUCAUCUUAUCCAUGUUCUGCAAACAGAUCGUUCAGAUUCUGAAAUAAUUGGGUAUGCCUUGGAUACCCUCUAUAACAUUAUAUCCAAUGAUUUGGAAGAAGAAGAACAAGAUGAUUCUGAAGAAGAAAAUUCACAGAAGCAAGCUGAAGACCUUGGUAGUCAAUUUACAGAAAUUUUUAUCAAACAGCAUGAAAACAUCACUCUUUUGCUGACUUAUUUGGAGGAAUUUGACUUCCAUGUCCGGUGGCCUGGAGUGAAACUUCUUACAGUAUUGUUAAAACAGCAGGGACCCCAAGUGCAGCAAAUAAUUCUUGUCAGUCCUAUGGGUGUUUCAAGGUUGAUGGAUCUCCUAGCAGAUUCAAGAGAGGUUAUACGGAAUGAUGGUGUCUUGCUACUUCAGCAGUUAACAAGAAGUAAUGCAGCCAUCCAGAAAAUAGUUGCUUUCGAAAAUGCUUUUGAGAGGUUGUUGGAUAUCAUAACAGAGGAAGGAAAUAGUGAUGGAGGUAUAGUUGUGGAGGAUUGUCUCCUCUUACUACAAAAUUUGUUGAAGAAUAACAAUUCAAAUCAGAAUUUCUUUAAAGAAGGUUCUUACAUUCAGCGCAUGAAACCGUGGUUUGAAGUUGGUGAUGACAAUGCUGGUUGGUCAGCACAGAAAGUAACCAAUCUACAUUUGAUGCUUCAGCUGGUCCGAGUGCUUGUGUCCCCCACAAAUCCCCCUGGUGCCACCAGCAGUUGCCAAAAAGCCAUGUUCCAGUGUGGGUUGCUUCAGCAGCUUUGUAUAAUCCUGAUGGCAACUGGAAUUCCAGCUGACAUUCUUACUGAGGAAAACGAGUUUUAUACAUGGAAAAAUACAACCAUUAACACUGUGUCUGAGGUCAUUCGUGGGUGUGAGAUGAACCAAGACUACUUUGCUUCAGUAAAUGCACCUUCAAAUCCACCAAGGCCUGCAAUUGUGGUACUCCUGAUGUCAAUGGUAAAUGAAAGGCAACCAUUUGUGCUGCGUUGUGCUGUCCUUUACUGCUUCCAGUGUUUCUUAUACAAGAACCAGAAGGGACAAGCAGAAAUUGUGUCGACACUUCUACCUUCCACCAUUGAUGCUACUGGAAAUUCGGUCUCAGCUGGCCAGUUGCUCUGUGGAGGCCUUUUUUCUACAGACUCUCUUUCCAACUGGUGUGCAGCUGUGGCACUGGCUCAUGCACUGCAAGAAAAUGCCACUUUGAAGGAACAGCUGCUCAGAGUACAGCUUGCAACCAGUAUUGGGAACCCUCCCGUGUCCUUACUUCAGCAAUGCACCAACAUUUUAUCUCAGGGUGAUAAGAUCGACAGACGGGGAAGCAAAGUGCAGACAAGAGUUGGACUGUUAAUGCUGCUUUGUACCUGGCUCAGCAACUGCCCCAUUGCUGUCACACACUUUCUUCACAAUUCCGCCAAUAUUCCAUUCCUAACAGGACAGAUAGCAGAAAACCUUGGAGAAGAGGAGCAGUUAGUUCAAGGCUUGUGUGCUCUUUUACUAGGAAUCUCCAUUUAUUACAAUGACAACUCACUUGAGAAUUGUAAAAAGGAGAAAUUAAAGCAACUGAUAGAAAAGAGGAUUGGCAAGGAAAACUUUGUAGAGAAAUUGGGGUUCAUUAGCAAGCAUGAAUUCUAUUCCCGAGCAGCACAGAAACCUCAGCCAAGCUUCUCUAGCCCAGAUCAUAUGAUGUUUGAUCAUGAAUUUACUAAACUGGUAAAGGAGCUGGAAGGUGUUAUAACAAAAGCAGUGUAUAAAUCCAGUGAAGAAGAUAAAAAGGAAGAGGAAGUGAAGAAAACAUUGGAACAGCAUGACAACAUAGUGACACAUUAUAAAAAUGUCAUUAGAGUACAGGAUCAAGAGCUUGAAGAAUUGAAGAAGCAGGUGGAAUCUUUGCGAGUUCAGAACGAACAGCUGCAGACCACAGUCACACAACAAGUAUCACAGAUACAGCAACACAAGGACCAAUACAAUCUUCUUAAAGUACAACUAGGAAAAGACAAUCAGCAUCAUAGUUCCCAUGGUGAUACAGCUCAGAUGAAUGGUGUUCAGCCAGAAGAAAUCAGCAAAUUGCAUGAGGAAAUAGAAGAAUGGAAGCAUAAGCUUGAACAAUUGCAGGAACAGCUAAGGGAAAAGGAUUCUUUGAUUGAAACCUUGAAGCUCUUACCAGUAUCUGGAGGAACAACAGAACAGUCUUCACAGACCAAUAAACCCAGCGGUCCUGAGACUGAUAGUGAAUUACAUAAGGAAGUUGAAGCCUUGAAGACCCAAAUCCAAUCUCAAUCUACAGACAUUACUAAACUGCAGACUGAAAAGCAAGAACUACUCCAGAAACUGAAUGUAACUCCUAUUCCUGUAUCAGGAGACAAUGGCACGGUUACGGUAGCAAAGACAGCUGACUUGGAAGGCAGGCUCGCAACACUCUUGCGGGAAACUCAAGAAUUAAAGUAUGAACUUGCAGCUCUCAGUGAGGAAAAGACAUCCCUGAAACAGCAACUGGACUCCUCCAAUAGUACUGUAGCUAUUUUGCAAAAUGAGAAAAGCAAAUUGCAGCAGGAAGUAGCAGAAUCUAAAAAGGAACAAGAUGACCUCCUGGUGCUGCUAGCUGAUCAGGAUCAGAAAAUAGUUGCAUUAAAGAAUAAGCUGAAAGAACUUGGAGAACCGGUCGAAGAUGAGGAUGAUAUUGAAGCUGGUGACCAAGGUGAAGAAGAGGAAGAGGAAGAUGGGGAAGAAGAUGAAGAAGAUUAAUUAUUGUGUCAAAAGGGGAACCUUGUAAUGCAUUAUAAGAACAAAUAUUGAUGGCCUUGUAAAGCAAAACAACUACUUUAAGAAAACAGAAGGAUUCCUAGAACUAGUCCUGAGUUUCUGAUGUGAUCAAGGAAUGCUUUGUAGUUGAAACAGAAAUCUGCCAUUUAAGUUUUAGAUGCACAUCCAGACUGGAAUUGUUAACACGUUUGAAACAGUUUUAGAUGCUGUCAGAAACACUGAGAAAAAUAGUGUGAUGAACUAAAUGUGCUGCCACUUGCAUAUAUGUUUGUCAUUACUUAAUUUUCCUUUUUGGAUCUUUGAUGUGAUUAAAUAUGUUAUGAAUAUGGUUGAACAUCUGUUCAGUGAAACUCAUUGCUUCCUGUAUUUAGCAUGGAGAGAACUUGUGGGCUCUUUCUUGUUAGCUUAAAAAAAAAAAGAACAUUAAAGUGGGUGAGUUUAGUGGGUUAUAUACCUUUUGGCUUUCUUCUCAGUGGAUUUCAGAUUGAGAGGAGCUGUACAGUAUUGAGUGCCUUGCACCUGAAAAGGCUGCAUUCUGUACCUCAGAAGUAAAGGAGAAGCUAGUACAACUUGAAGGGAUUGUCAUACAUAAAAACCAGGACUUGUUAGCAUAUUAAAGCAGAUUGUUUUAGCAAAAAAUCCCAUGCAAAAGUUUAAGAUGCUACCAGAUUAUCACUUUUAAAACAGUGAUAAUUGAGGUCACGUGCAAGAUUGAUAAUUUAUUGACUUUUACCACCAGUCAAUAAGACUUUUUAAAAGGAAUAAUUAAAUACAGUUGCUGCAACAACUAGUUUUGGUAAUAAAAAAGAUGCUAUAAGUAUUUAGUAUUCAUUUGUACUUGAUUUACUUGUGAUUGCUUUUAAUCAUGUUUCUUGAAUGCUGCUUUUUAAAAAGAGUCUUAAGUUUAUUUUUAAAAAUACUGACUCGCUAAAGUGCUAUCAAAUAUGACAUUUUCCAACAGAAAAACUAGGCAGUUGGUAAAAGUUGUUUGCAGAAUUUGGGGAAUUUCUGUAUAUUAUGAUGAGUGACUCGGCUUGCAAAAUAGUUAACAGUAGGUAGGGUUUUGAGCUAGUACUAUACAAAGAUGUAUUUAAGAUGUUCUAUUUUGUACUUAACAGUUUGUCAAGAUACAGGUAACAUCAUAAGCUGAGUUGCAGCUAAAUAAAUUGGAAUGCUACCUCAAA